AUGGAGCGCGACUCGGGCGCGCUGACGGCGGCGGUGGGCGCGUCGACCUCGUCAUGGCAGGCCGACCUGUCGUCACUGUACCAGCGGACGAAAGACCGCUUCCCGGACGUCGUCUGGCUCUCGGAGGACGACGACGAGGGCGUGUACGCACACAAGGCCGUCGUCUACGCCCGCGCACCACCGUCGUUCCAGCAGAAAUAUUUCACGCUAUCCAAUGGGGCUGGGGCGAACCCGUCUGCUUUGUCAUUGCCGCUUGCCGGGAGUCGGUCGCCUAGUCCGGCGAUGCGGCCUGCUACUCCGGACAGCGACGGCGAGCAGGACAAGGCGCAACCUCUCACGCGCAUCCGCACCAUACACAACGCGACGCUACUUUCGAAGGAGCUCGAAUAUCUUUAUACGGCGAAGGACUUUGGAGACGCUUUCGAGUUUCUGUUCGACACGCACGAUGCGACGGAGAGCAGGGUCGAUAAGCUCCGCAAGGAUCUCGUGUUCAUGUGGAGGUCAAGGCUUUACGCGGAUUGCAGGCUUGCGCUUACGAGCGAUUCUGCGGCGCACAAGGGCACCACCGCCGUGUUCUCCACCCACCGCUUCAUCCUCGUCUCCCGCUCAGACUACUUCCACAACGCCCUCACCCAGUUCAAGCCCACCAUCGAUGCCGACGGCGUGCCGACGGUCACGCUGCCCUCCCCGCCGUUUACACCCCCGGCGCUGCACUUUGUGCUCGGAUAUCUAUAUACCGGCACACUCGUAUUUUCGAACAGAACAUACGAUCUCGAUACCGCCCUCGCAAUCCACCGCGCGGCAUCUUAUCUCGCCCUCGCCCCUCUCGUCGCAGAGGUCGAGGCCAGACUCGUGGUGGAAAUGCUCCACGGCCUCUACUCCGCAUACCUCCCUUUCGAAGCAUACGACGCGCAAUCCGGUGGCCGCUGGGGCGCACAAGGCUGCCGCUGCAGACAAUGCGCUCGUCGCGCACCACGCGUGUUAGAAUUCGCAACAUCCAUGGACUCGCGCUCGGAGUUACUCGAGCGCGGUGCACGACGAGCGCUUGUGGGCUUGUUCGGCGAGGGCUGGUGUCACCCCGAGUUCGCGCGCCUUGAUCGUCGCGCACGCGAACAGGCGCUAAAGGGCGUGGCCAAGCGCUCGACACCGAUGAACGCCGUUCCCCUCCUCCUCUCCGCCAACUCUGCGCUCGCACGCCUCGAAUCAGUGUUGGAGCCGUGGGCGGAUACCACGCGCGAUAUGCUCGUGUCGGCGCGCAACACGCUCGACGGCGCGAUCGCGGAUAAUGCCGAGGCGGUGUUUGGGGAGAGGGACUGGGACGAGCUCAUGCAUUCGGAUGGAGCGCAUUUUACCGAUCCGGAUGUUUGUGCGGCGGUGUUGGGGAGUUUGAGGAGGGGGUUGAAUGAUAAGAAUGCGGGGAGGGUUUAUGAGGCGGUCGUCAGCGCUGUGUUGCUUAGACCUGCUGAAGACGAUCCGGGGAGGACGAUGUUGGGUCCGACGAGCGUUAUCAGGCAACAGGUCGAUGAAUGUCGAGCGGAGAUCAUUCGAUGGCUACGUAAGCGCUGGUUCAGCGUCCGGCAAGAGGCAGGCUUCGAUUCAAUUGAGCGCUGGGCGUUACAAGAGAUCUCCAGUGAAAUCGAAGUAUCCCCAGACGACCUCCUCUCAACCUCCCCCGCCGCCCAACGCGGAACCCGCGAACGUCCCAUCUCGCGCAGAGACCCCCAUUCCCACUCGCCCACACCCGGCUCGCGCCAUCACGGCGACACCAACGACGACUCCCUCCGCGCCUCCGUCCUCAACCGCAACCUCCGCCCAACCAACAGAACCACAACGCACAGCGCAACAAGCACGCCCCGCACCUCGCGCGUCGUCAGCGGCGAUAAACCCGGCGGUCGCAUCACAUCUUCCGCCUCUUCCAUACGCAGCUUUACGAGCACGAUGAGCGCGCAGAGCACACCUGUGCGCGCCGGGGGCGGUGUCGGUAUUGCGCGGGACAGCAAGCUCGGCCCGUCCAGCGCGAGCUUGCGCGUGCCUGCCCGAGAUCACCGCGGGCACGGGCACAGUAGCGGGCGGACGAGUCCGAGCCCGAGCGCGCUCACUACGCAGACGACGACGACUGUUACGGAGGAGGAUGCGAUGCAUGUGGAUCGUGAGGAGGGCGACGGGGAGGAGGACGCGCGGUCGACGCAUACGGCGAAUGAGGUGUCGACGGGGCGGAACGAUCUGAGCAAUUCGAGGACGACGACGGCUGCGUCUGCGAGGCCGCGUACGGCUGAUGCGCCUGGUCCUGCGAGGCCCAAGAGUGUGGCGUCGGUUAGGUCUACUGCGCUCAGCGUGCGGAGUAAAGCGAGUACGGUCCGCGAACCGCGCGCGCUGUCUAUUGCGGGCUCUAUGCGCUCUGUGUCGGGCUCGAACUCGAAUGCGAGGACUACGCCCGUUGGAGGCGCACGGACACCGAGCGGGUCGCGGACGCCGAGUAUUGCGGGGAGUAUCAGGUCGCCCGGCGUUGGUGCGCGCACGCCGAGCGGCGGGACGAGGCCGACGGCUUCGAGCAGCGCGAAGAGUACGGGUCCGGCUACGACUAGUGCUGCGACGAGGACGUCCAUUGCGAGAAGCCCGGCUUCGCCCGCGAAGAGCCCUGUACCGCGUGUGCCGAGCAAUAGCAAGUCCACGGGGCCCGCGACGCUUGGUGUGGGCUCGAGUACGGCCGAGUUACGCGCGAGGAGGGCGAGCGCGGCUAGUACGCAUAGCGUGGCGAGUGUGCGGAGUACGAAGUCGACGGCGACGACGUCUACGCCUGCGAACCAGCCUGGGCGGAGGCCGCCGAGUGUGGCGAGUGUGCGGAGCACGGCCAGUCCGGCUAUGAAGAAGCCGCCUGUGCCGAGGAUCAGGAAGGCGGGCGAGAAGGAGCUGCCGGGGACGCCUAGUGCGACGAGCAGCACGCUUACUGUGCGCAAACGCGGGAGCGCGGAUACGAUUCGGGAGAAGAAGGGGAAGGAGGCGGCGAAGGAUGCUGCGAAGGAGAACGAGGCGCCGCCGCCGGCUGGAGGGGCCACGCUCGCUGUUGGGAUACCGUGUAUCGUCACCAGUCAUCGCGCGAGGUUCAGAGCCUACGCACGAUAUAUCGGCGAAGUGGCGGGCGAAGCUGGGCCGUGGGUCGGAGUUGAGGUGCCGAUUGAAGCACUGGGUUCUAAAGAUAAAGACGGGCGACGACCGUGGCACGAUGGGUCGUGGGGCGGCAUACGGUAUUUUGAGCUUGCGGGCGAGAAGGCGUGGGAUGGGCCGGCUAUGAGCAUGUCGGGGCAUUCGAAGAUGAGCUCGACGCUUACGGCGGGGUCGAGGAUACGUGGGGGGAAGAGGGAGGCGAGCGAGGCGCUGGCGGGAAGUAGGGUCAAGAGGGCGAAGGUUGAAGGCGGGGAGGUGAAAGGGGAGAGCAGUAGGGGGUUAUUUGUGAGGCCGGCGCAGGUGCUGUAUGUGGUGGAUGCUGUUGGGACCGACUUGUGA